AAGUGCCACGACCACGCGCGACGUUGCCACGGCAACGUUGACAACAGAGAGAGCGAGAGGAGAGGCCGGCUGCCAUGGAGGAGGAGGCGACCGCGGCUCCCAGAGCCCGCCGCGUCUUCAUCAACCGCGUCGACUCGUUCCUGGGUAGGAGCCUCGCGCGGCAUUUGUCGGGCUGUGUGGUCGGAGCAUCCUUGGAAAGCAUGGAAGGGAUGGAAGAGGACGAAGAAGAGGAGGCGCAUGAUGAGAUGGAUGGGGAAGGAUCUGGACAGGGCCCAUCAAAGGCAGCUCGUGUAAAGAUGACUUACCAGGUUGUGGGCACCCUUGGACAACCUGAAAGCCCGGAGCCUGAUUUUGUGCAGCAAAUCGUGAAGCCUUCGUCACGCGAAGACCUGCUUUGCCAUCUGAUGGAGUGUGACAUCAUUGUUUACAACAUCACGGAGGAUGCCGAUCAGACAGAGGAAGCCUCCUGGGCAGUCACCGAAUUUCAUGAGAAGUUGAAAAGCUUUGAAAAUCCCAAGAUGUUUGUUCUGUUGUCUACGAUAAUGACAUGGGCACGUACCAGGCCUCUGGACCCUGAUGAUCCAGAGCUGGACUUCACGGAGGAAGAUUACCGGAGGAGGAAGCCCCAUCCCAACUUUACACAGGAGAUAGAUGUAGAAAGACUUGUCAUCAAGCUGGGAAAAACGAAUAAAACCACGUUCUCCACCUUUGUGCUGGCAUCUGGUCUCGUGUAUGGAAUGGGAGAGAGUGUUUUUCAUCACUUCUUCAAGACAGCGUGGCUUGGAGAAUUGUCUGCCCUGCCGAUAUACGGACCCGGAAGCAACAUUGUCCCAACUAUCCACGUUAAAGACGUAGCUGGUGUGGUGCAGAAUAUAUUGGACAGAAAACCAAAGGUCCACUACUUGCUUGCUACAGACAGCUCAAAGCACACACUGGAGGAGAUCGUCAAGGCCAUCAGCAAACACUUGGGACCUGGUAAAACCAUAAAAGUGCCCAAGGAAGAAGCACUCCUGUCAAGAGACCUCGUGCAAUCGGAUUACGACCACCUGCUCGUGAAUCUGCGAUUCGAUGCGCAGUUCUUGCGCGGGGGCAUGAACAUCCACUGGGUUGCUGAGGGUGGCCUGGUGGAGAACAUCGCCACCAUCGUCAGGGAGUACAAGGAGACACGAGGUCUGCUGCCCAUGCGUGCCUGCGUGCUUGGCCCGCCUGCCGUGGGGAAGACCUCCCUGGUGGAGAAACUCUGCAAGCACUACAGGCUGCACCACAUCAAGGCCAAGGACGUCGUAGAUGGGGCCAUCGAGAGGCUGGAGAGGAUAGCAGCUCGGGCACAGAAGGAGGGCGAAGAGGAGGAACACAGAGAGACGGAGGAGGAAGAGGAAGGAGGAGGAGAAGCAGAGGAAGAGGGGGAAUCAGCUCAGGAUGCACAGGAGCUGCUGGAAGCUGUGAAAGAAAGCUUGGAACAAAACAAUGGUCGGCUUGAGGACACGUACCUGGUGAGGUUCUUCAAGGAGAAGCUGCGCUCCAUGUCGUGCCAGAACCAAGGGUUCAUUUUGGACGGUUUUCCCAAAACCUACGCCCAGGCCAAGGAGCUGUUCACUGGGGAAGACGAUGCUGAGGAGGAGGAAGACGCAAUAUCGGGCAAAGAAAAUCACUACGACAAGAGCAUCAUACCAGACUUGGUGGUUUCCCUGGAGGCCCCGGACGAUUUCCUGCGUGACCGCGUGAUGAACCUGCCCGAGGCCGUGGUGUCCGGCACUCACUACACCGAGGAGUCCACUCUGCGGCGGCUGGCCGCUUUCCGCGCGCACAACACCGUCGACGAGACCAUGCUCAACUACUUUGAGGAGCAGAGCGUCGCCGUCGCGCACUACGAUGUAACCAAGGAAGAUGCUGAAUUCCUGCUGCUGGCACACCAGCUGCUCAAACGGAUGGGCGAGCUGCGCAACUACGGCCUGACGGCCGAGGAGAGGGAAGAAAUCUUCCGGCGUGCGGCGGAGGAGAGGAUGAGGCAGGAGGCCGAGAAGUGGGCCGAGUGGGAGAGACACGAGGCGGUGGAGGCGGCCGAGAGGGAACGCAAGCUCAACGAGUGGCAAGCCAAGCUGGAGGCAGAGAGGCAGCAGGAGCAGGAGCUCCUGGCCCGCGAGACGGUCCCCCUGCGCGAGUAUCUGCUCGCACACGUGAUGCCCACGCUCACCACGGGGCUCAUCGAGUGCUGCUCCAUGCGACCCCCAGACCCCGUCGAUUUCCUGGCAGAGUAUAUAUUCAAGAACAAUCCUCAGGUUGACUAAGUCAAGCUGAUCCACCCUCACAGAAUGGUCCAGAGAGCCCUUUAAAUGCAAGCCAUGCAUGCGAAUUACAUUUAACAUUAAAAAAAGAACACCACUGUUAUACAAUUGUCACAAUAGAAAUAUUUUUAAGACGGGAACAUAACACAAAACACAAGUUCUCAAGUGUAAGACGCAUUUUAAUUGAGAGCCUGCACAAAUGUACGUUUUUGUGUGACAAAGGUUAACUUAAAUAUAUGUUUUAAUAAAAAAAAUGUGUUUGGCAGAGUGCAUGUUUGUUCAACAAUCGUUAUGACGAUGGAUAAACAAACACAAGUGGUGUAAUUCUUGUUUUAUGUUUCUUGUUUGUGUUUUCGUGAAAACGUGUUGACAUCUCUGUUAACAACACUGGUAAAUUACCGAGACAUUCCAUGUUGGCCAUUCUACUGCCCAAAGCUCACUUGAUAGAUUAUUUCAGCAGUGGUUUUUAAUCCAGAUCUCAAAAACCCCAGAUCUCAAGUUGACCAAGUUCUAAUGUUCAGCUUAUUGGUCAAUAAACUGUAUGGAAUGAAAAUGGGUACAUGACACAGCAUCAUACUGCACGUGGGUGGCCUGAGUUGGAUUUAGGAUCACCGGUGAAACAUUUUAGCCCUCUCACUCAGCGUUUCUCCAACUCCAGCCCCCGUGAGACACCCACGGCACACCAUUCCACAUCUACCAAUCUUCCAACUUCAUGUGCAAAAAAUAACCCACGGCACGUUGCACGCUCACGCACGCUAACGCAUGCUCACAACAGUUGUUAAGCAAAAAAUAAAGAUGCAUCCUGCGGGCCAGCGAGGACUGGGGUUUGAGAAACAACGCUCCAAGUCAGCAGCUGCAAGUUAACUGCGCCGCUCGUUCUUGACGACCACGGCGGGCUCCUGCAGUUGCAUAGCGGUCACUUUCUCCACCAGCUCUCUCACGUAGACUUUAAACAGCGGCUCAACGUCCUGCAAGAAGACGCCUCGGUGUCAACACCUCAUCGUUUCUAACGCACCACUUAAACCACUUUCCCUGUUCAAUAGUAGGCAUGCAACCAUUCACCAUCGAGUGGAAUGAUUCAUUUUCACGAGGAAUAGUUUGAUUCGAGAAUCGGUGAAAUUCGUGCGAUUGUCAUCUCAAAUAGGAUUCUAUUUUUUUCCCCCUUUUUGUAACAGUAUAUCAUUUGCUAAACAUUAUCUCGUACACAGUUUUCAAUGUAUCGCAAGUGUAAACAUUGAUUUUAAUCGAUGAAUCAAAGCGUCGUUACACGCCUACACAUCUUUAUGUGAUUGGUACACAAAAUAAAAAUCAACCUUGCAACUGUA